GAUGAAUGGCUUUUGAUAUAUGAUAAUGCUAAUCAUUCUGAUAUCCACUUACUACAAAAAUAUUUACCUUUUGGACAAAGAGGAAAUAUUUUAAUUACAAGUCGUAAUCCAUACUUAAAGUAUAUCACAAAUCAUAAGGAAAUAGCUGUGCUUCAAAUGAACUUAGAAGAAGCUAUAAAUCUGCUUUUAAACACUAGUGGAUUAAACCAUUCAAUGACUAAUGAUACACUUGCAAAUGCUAUAGUUAUAAAACUUGGUUUUAUACCAUUAGCAAUUAAUCUUGCAGGAUCAUCCAUUCAUUGUCAUUAUUAUACAAUUUCUGAGUAUGUGAAAUGUUUUGAUAAAAAUCGAAAAAAUAUAUUA